UAGUUUUCCCGCCAUGUCCACACUUUUAGAACUCCGGUUUAAUGAAUGGUACGUCAUGUGAUUCCAGAACGCGAUGGUGAAAGCGGUUCUGUCUCCCUCGGGGUCAGCCCGUUCCCAGGUCCCAUCCCACCAUUGCGCUCUCCAUUGUGCUGCACACACUCCACCUGUUCACAAGAAAACGCGUAUUAUCCCCGAGCAAUACGCAGCCAAUUUAGCGUGAAGUAAUUGAAACCGCUUCUAUUGUCGUUCCGGGGGCACUGAUUGGCUCCCGAGUGUGGGAAAGCCUUACAAGACGGAGACCCACACUUUCUUGCACAGCCGCAGAGAUAUAAAUAGAGGACAGCAAGAGCGACAGAGAUGCAUUAACGCACCCUGACCUUUAACAGACACAGCACUGCCUGCCUGCCUGCCUGCCUGAAGCAGCUGUCAUACAGCAUGGCUCCGAUCAACGUGUGCAACCUAGCUCUAAGCGCUAAAGACAAACUCAAAAUGAGAAAACCAGUGGUGGAAAAAAUGCGCAGGGACCGUAUUAACGUCAGCAUCGAGCAGCUGAAGAAACUGCUGGAGAGCGAGUUCAAGGCGCACCACCCCAGCUCCAAGCUGGAGAAAGCCGACAUCUUAGAAAUGGCCGUGGGUUACCUGCGACAGAACAGCCAGCCGGCCUCCUUCAAGAUAGCAACCCCGCAGCACAGCUACAGCGACGGCUUCUACCAGUGCUUGGAGGAGACGCUGCGCUUCCUGUCCUUCCAAGACCCGACGAAGGAAUCCCAGUUCAAAGUUCUGAAGCACUUCCAGAACACGCAGGCGGGCGGGCGGGAUCCGCUCAGCUCUGCAGCUGCACUGGGCUCCCAGCACGACCUUCUCAAAGGCUCUUCCCAGGGCGACGGCAAGGUGCUGUGGAGACCCUGGUAAACUCGCACACACAGCCUUCGUUUAAACAUCAAGAGGGGUGCUGUGGAGACCCUGGUAAACUCGCACACACAGCCUUCGUUUAAACAUCAAGAGGGUGCUGCCGUGACUGCAUGUGACAGCCCAUGAAGAAAUCCUCUCCGAGUAGGGAAUGUGAAUUCCCCCUUUUUAAAUUAGGCAUUUUGUUUUGCAAAAGUUUGUCGGGUUCCGCUUUCUGUUGAAAAGCUUUGUUUUUGCUGCUUGUUUUAGAGUUACGCGAAUCUGUGCAUUGCAAAAGAAAAAUUAAAAAUGCCAGUGUUGUUUCCUUCAAUAUUGAAGGUAUUUUAAAAUUAUUUUUGUAUAAAUUGUAACAGGCUCUAUAAUAUUUAUAGAGAGCUUACGAUGUGUGAAUUGUGUUAUUUCAGAAUGUAAUCGGAUACAUUAAUAAUGAAGAAAUGUUCUCAUGCCUUUGUAAGGUAUAUUUUUUGUUGGGUAACAAACACCUGAAUGUAAACUUGCCCAGAUGACGUGUGUCGGGAAUGUGACCCCCUGUGUGAAUUUCUAUGCUCAGAGAAGUGUUUCGUCGUCCUGUAAAGUCUGGGUAGAGACGCUGUAGCAAGGACUGAUGAUGCUGUUAGCCCUUCAUCAUAUUGAUGACUUGAAUACAUCCAGUGUAAUGUUUUAAUGAUCGUUUAACAUGAAAAUUAAAAAAAAAAACUGCAAA